AUGGGAACCCAGCGUAACAACACAUCUUCACACCACCAGGUAUGUGAAUUUGCUGAUAAAUGUGUAUCAGGUAACGGCGUCAUCUUCGCUAACAUGGGAUUUCAUAAGUGUAAAAAAUUCGAACUCAAGCUAAUAGCUGCAGUGAAACACAGACCGGAGCUGUUCUCGUUCAAGAAAAUCAAUUCGAUGACACGGCGGGAACUAAUUGCAGCAUGGCAAGAAAUAAGCCGCCUAUUGCGUGUGCGUGAACACUUGUGCAGGCGACGAUGGAAUUCUUUAAUGUAUACCUUUCUACGACAUUGCGCCAAACGUGUAUCAAAUAAGUCAAACUGGCCUUACUACGAGCGUAUGAGCUUCCUGUUGCAAUACAACGAUAUAUUCCGUUUUUUCAACUCUUCGAAUACGUUGAUUGUGGUAAAUGUAAAAACCCAAGCUAAAAGGCAAAUAGUAUUGGAAAGGACAUCAAAAAUUCGUAAACUCCUGGUUCGGUUGGAGCCACUGCAGGUGGAAACAGAACCGGUAUUACAUCGGCAAACAAUGGAGCGUCCGUUGUCAGCAGGAUGUGACCUUGCAGUACCGCUCGAUUCAACAUCACAACCGAAACGUCCAUUGUUUCGCAUCGAAAAUGUACAGAGUUUGAAUGCUGACACCGUAAUGACACCACUAUCCACAAUUAAAAACAAUCAUUCACCGCCUGCACUGCUGGCCCAAUCUUCAACGGUGGAUGAACGAUGGACGCCGGGUUCAGACGACGGUGAUCCGCAUGUGUUGUACCAGACCAUUGACUCGGACGAACAAUUUCUUAAGAGUUGUUACACCACCAUGAAACGUCUGUCGACAAGGCGAAACGCUUUCGUACGGUCAAAAAUACAACAGCUCUUGUACGAAGCAGAGUUUGCGGAUGAAAAUGACACAUCAAGUGCUUCGAAUGGUUUCUAA